UAAUUGCUUUGAAAAUGGGGAAGCUUUCUUUUAGGUGAGGGGGAGAAGGAAACCUGUAGGUCAUCCUAAAGGACUUCUUUCGUCAGCUUUUGCAGAACUCCCUUGCUGUGGGAGGCCAGCGUUUUCCAGCUGAGGCUCCAGAGUGCAUAUCCAGGUCUCCUUUCCUCGGUAUUCGGUAUUCACAACAGCCUCCUCACAAGGAGCCUUCUGAGUUGAACCGCCAGGUGGCGCAUCUCUCGAAGGGAAUUCAUCUCUGUCAUAAAUGCAGGGGUAGUUGCCUGGCAACCAAAAAACGGGGCGUUCCAAACAAUUGGGACCCGGGAUCCUCUAGGAGCCAGGUCGUGCUACGGCUGCGCUAAUCUUCUGGGGAUAAACCUGCGCCUUUGGGCCUUUAAGCAUGCCUCACUCUCAGGAAUCUUACCCGCACCCUGCGUUAAGUGAUGAAGACACACACUUGCGGGCUUCUAAGAAAUUGCAAUGUAAGAACCCAACUCACCUUGCUCAGCAGCAGGAACCCUGGAAUCGGCUCAGCUCAACUCCCACAAUUACCUCCAUGAGGAGAGAUGCCUACUUUUUUGAUCCCAAUAUACCAAAGGAUGAUCUGGAUUUCCGCUUAACAGCCUUGUACGACCACCACACAGGGGCGUUCAAGAACAAGACUGAGAUUCUGCUACAUCAGGAAACCAUUCAGGAUAUCUGUGGAAGCAAGAUCCAGUUUCCUGGAGAAUUUUUACACUCUCCUCCGGCCCCCAUCACUUCCCGGGCUAACAUCAGACACUGGAUCAACCCUAAGAAAGAAUCCAUCCACAGCAUCCAGGGAUCCAUAGUGUCUCCUCACACUGCAGCCACCAAUGGAGGUUACUCCCGAAAAAAUGAUGGUGGCUUCUUCUCCACCUAGUGGUGACAACUAGGCUAAUUUCACUAUGGUAGAACAUCCAGCCGUCCUUCUUCAUUAAAUAGGUUUGUUCAAGACGAAGCCUAAAGUGUCUGCCGCCCAUGGCACGUUUGAUCACUCUUAAAAUGAAGAAAACACCCCAAUACUAAAA